AACUUGUUGUACAACCACUACAUAGUAACACUUAAUUCAAAAUGGGUAUGUGUUUUUUUCUCCCGACCAUGGGAUCCUUAGCCACUGGGAUUGUGAGUGGAUUUCUGACUUGAAAGACCUUGAAAGUUCCUAACGGAGAAUUUCAUGGGUUUAGGCGUAAGCGCCCGUUCGUUACUCCCUAAAAAAUGGAUAGCAGGCAUAAGGUGGUUUUGUGGAGGCAAUUUGGAGCACAAACAAACUAUUGUAGUGCCAUGGGGCGGUGUUGGUGCCACUGAUGGACGUAGAAACCAGGCAAAGCCAGAAAUCAAAGUGACAGAUCACUCACGAAACCCUUCAAAAAAUAAAUGAUUACUAACAUUGG